AGGACACAGCUCACCACGCCUCGGUACGGUAAGUUCGUCAGCCAUAUUGACUGUCUGUACCUCUUCUCUAUGGAGUGGACGCCUGGCGGAGGAGUCUGAAGCCCGUAUCACAGUACAGUGUCUGUAGGCUACGCACCUUGUCCGGUAAACAUCGCCGAGGGCGGAAAGUGAAACGCGCUAUUUUUACUCGCUGUGGAUAUAUAAAGUACUGCUGCCAGCUGGAGGGGGUGACAGUCUGACACAUCCUCAGCGCAGCCAGGAGGUGCUGGUGCCCCGGAGAGAGGCAGGAAGACGGAGGACAACUUCUUUCUGUUUUUUUUAGCAGUAGGGGACGGGCGGAGAGAGGAGAAAGAUGCCCAAACCGAUCAAUGUGCGCGUCACCACCAUGGACGCUGAGCUGGAGUUUGCCAUCCAGCCCAACACGACAGGCAAACAGCUUUUUGACCAGGUGGUGAAGACGGUGGGUCUGAGGGAGGUCUGGUUCUUUGGCCUGCAGUACACAGACAGUAAAGGCUACGUCACAUGGCUCAAGCUCAACAAGAAGGUGACCCAGCAGGAUGUGAAGAAGGAGAAUCCUCUGCAGUUCAAGUUCAGAGCGAAGUUCUUCCCAGAAGAUGUUUCUGAGGAACUUAUCCAGGAGAUCACACAGAAGCUCUUCUUCCUGCAGGUGAAGGAGGCCAUUCUAAAUGAUGAGAACUACUGUCCCCCAGAGACAGCCGUGCUUGUGGCCUCCUAUGCUGUCCAGGCCAAGUACGGAGAUUACAACAAAGACAAUCACAAGCCCGGCUACCUGGCAUCCGACCGGCUACUGCCACAACGAGUUCUGGAGCAACACAAGCUGACAAAGGAACAAUGGGAGGACAGAAUACAGACCUGGCAUGAGGAACACAGAAGCAUGCUCAGGGAGGAUGCAAUGAUGGAGUAUCUGAAGAUAGCUCAGGACUUGGAGAUGUACGGUGUCAACUACUUUGAAAUUAAAAACAAGAAAGGCACAGAACUGUGGCUGGGGGUCGAUGCCCUGGGACUCAACAUCUAUGAGCACGAAGACAAGUUGUCACCGAAGAUCGGCUUUCCCUGGAGUGAGAUCAGAAACAUUUCCUUCAACGACAAGAAGUUUGUCAUCAAGCCCAUCGACAAGAAAGCUCCAGACUUUGUGUUCUACGCCCCUCGGUUGCGGAUCAACAAGCGCAUCCUGGCGUUAUGUAUGGGAAACCAUGAGUUGUACAUGAGGAGGAGGAAGCCCGACACCAUCGAGGUGCAGCAGAUGAAGGCUCAGGCCAGAGAGGAGAAGCACCACAAGCAGAUGGAGAGAGCGCAGCUGGAGAACGAGAAGAAGAAGCGCGAGCAUGCAGAGAAGGAGAAGGAGCGGAUAGAGCGAGAGAAGGACGAGCUGAUGGAGAGGCUGAAGCAGAUCGAAGGGCAGACACAGAGAGCUCAGAAAGAGCUGGAGGAGCAGACUAGGAAGGCGCUGGAGCUCAUGCAGGAGAGGAAGCGGGCAAAGGAGGAGGCAGAGCGGCUGGAGAAGGAGAAGCAGGCGGCGGAGGAAGCCAGGGCAGCGCUGGCUCAGAAGGCUGCCGACCAGAUGAAGAACCAGGAGCAACUGGCUGCUGAGUUAGCGGAGUUCACUGCCAAAAUAGCUCUGCUUGAGGAAGCCAAGAGGAAAAAAGAAGAUGAAGCAUCAGAAUGGCAACUCAAAGCUUUGUCAGCACAAGACGACCUGGAGAAGACCAGGGAGGAGCUGAAGACGGCCAUGUCAUCUCCGCCAGCGCCAGAAAACGACGAGGAGGAUGAAACGAAUGCCGAGGCGAGUGCCGAGCUCCUCAGCGAUGGCGUCACCAGCCACCGCAGUGAGGAGGAACGCAUCACUGAGGCGCAGAAGAACGAACGUGUCAAGAAACAGCUACAGGCUCUGAGUUCAGAGUUGGCCGAGGCCCGGGAUGACACCAAGAAAACACAGAACGACAUGCUGCAUGCCGAGAACGUCAGGGCAGGCAGAGACAAGUACAAAACCCUGCGCCAGAUCCGCCAGGGCAACACCAAGCAGCGUAUUGAUGAGUUUGAGUCCAUGUGAGCAGGGAAGAAGCAUGGACACAACGAUGAAAAGAGACAGUUAGUCUCGUUGCCAUGUCAACGCCUCAAAUCCUGCUGCCACCCCAGGAACAAUUUUUUUUUUCUAUCCAGGAGAAAGAGCGGCUAAUGGGCUAUGUAGCUUCAGCCUCGCCAAAGCUCUGCGUAGCAGCGUUUGGCCAAUCACACUGCUACCUGCUUUUAAGAGCUCCGCCCCCAACACAACGAAGCACACAUCCUUUACUCUGUCGGAAAAAUAGCAAGCAGCAUAUCCUGUUAUCAACCUGGACUUCUCCCUUCUACGAUACUGACAGUUUUAAUGCUUGCAUGUAUGAUAAUUAAUCAACAACAGGACCAUUAGACAAAAUGAGAGGAUUGGUUGAUAUUGUGUUUAAAUUGUUUAAAAUAAAUGGCCAUUUGUAGCUUGUUGAUGUUGCCUGCACGCUUAUCCGUAACGCUUUAAUAUCUGUAACUUACUUUUACGUCUUAUGUCAUCAGUUGAACAAUUAAUUUGUUUUAAAAAAAAGCCUUAUUCGUCUCAUUUCCUUCCUGUCUAUAGUAUUACUUUUUGUCAUUUUGUGUUGGGAAAGUUAGUUGAGUCGUGCUGUCAGUGUCAUGAUCUGUUAAUGUUGCAUCAGUUUACUUAACUUCUUGAAUGGCUGUCAGUUUGCAAAUGCUCACUCUGAGAGUUUGAGCAAGCAGAUAUGCAAACUAGUUUUGCUUCUUUUAAAUUCAUACUGUGCUGGAGUUCUCAAUCCAUUGAGACAUUUGUUGAUUCAAAUAUAUUUUGCCCCACAAUAAAGAAUGAAUUUAUAUUUCCAACUA